UACAGAGCUGUCCUGUUGGCAGAGAUAACAGUGAUCGGGUUACGCUGUUGUUGUGGUCAAGGUUGUCUGGAACUGGGACAGUUGCGACACAAUCACGUAACGAUGUCGACGGCGUCAGAAUUCACAUUUGACAACAACUUCGACGUUGAUGACAAUGUCAAAAAAGCCUACGAUGACCAUGGGUACAUCAUCGUCAGAGGCUUGCUUGAUAAAGAGGAAAUGGCCCAACUCAAGAAGAACGUUGACGACCAUAACGCCAUUUCCGAGAAUGCUUACGGGCUUCCGGAUGGAGAUGGCGGAGAGGGGAAAAUGGUUAUUUGGAGCCAUCCCGGAAAUGACGUCACGGGCAUCAUAGCCCGAAGUGAAAAGGUGGCUGGAUUUUCAGAAAAGCUUCUUGGCGGAGAGGUAUAUCACUACCACAGCAAGUUAACGAUGAAGAACCCUAACAGUGGAGGCAAGUUCAUCUGGCACCAGGAUUACGGCUACUGGUACCAAAAUGGCUGCCUAUUUCCGGACAUGCUCAGUGUCUUUAUUCCGGUUGAUCGCUGCGUGAAGGAAAAUGGCUGCCUCGAGAUUCUCGACGGCUCCAACAGAUGCGGGCGAAUUGAACACAAAUUCCGAGAAGGCCAGCACGGAGCGGAUAUGGACAGGGUUAAUGAAAUAAGGAAGCUUUGUCCACAUAAAUAUGUGGAGCUGGAACCAGGGGACGCCCUGUUCUUCAGUUGUCUCCUCCUGCACACCAGCGGGUCCAACAACAGCCCCCUGAGACGCUGGGUCUUCAUCCCCUGCUACAACAAAGCCAGCAACGACCCCGUGUAUGAGCAUCAUCACCCACAGUACACGAAACUGUACAAGGUACCCAACAGAACUAUAAAGGAAUGUCGGAACUACACUGACGUCAGCGGGAAGGAGUUUAUCGAUGUCAAGAAGGACAAAACUGUGAAGGUUGGGUCAAUCGACAAGGAACAGAAGCAAGGAUGAAGACAUGGCCCCAUCACCUGGCUUUAUGCAUCUACGUAGCUGAUAUCCCUGGAUUAUAUUCCUUUGUAUAUUCUUUAUACGUUUAAGAACUUUAACUCUUGAGUAAAUAAAUGGAAACGCAGUAAAAUACACUUUUAUCAAUUUAACCGAACGAAUAAUUCUCAAUAAGAUACACUUGAUGUAGUCAUUUAAGUCAAUUGUUUAAUUGAUAUAGAUAUGACUAAUGUUUAGAAAAACCUGGAGGUCGUUGACGUAAUUUUUUAAAUUUAUUUUGAUGAUGUUACAGCAUGAAUAUUUGAAUGAUCAUAUUAUUUCCUGCUUUGUAGUUAAUCCAAAAAGUUGAUUGAUUAUCAUUGAAUAAACAUAAUUGUACAAUGGA